GUCGCCGCCGCAGCCACCGCCGCCUCCUCAGUCUCCUGGUCUCCGUCGCCGCCCCCUCUGUCGCCUCUCGGGGAAAGGGGGGACGCAGGGGGCUUCGCGGGGCCCCGGCGGAUGCGCCCCCCGCCACCUCUCGGGCUGCGCCGCCUCGCGGGGAUGAAGCACCGGCCGUGAAGAUGGAGGUGACCUGCCUUCUACUUCUGGCGCUGAUCCCCUUCCACUGCCGGGGACAAGGAGUCUACGCUCCCGCCCAGGCUCAAAUCGUCCACGCGGGCCAGGCGUGUGUGGUGAAGGAGGAUAACAUCAGUGAGCGCGUCUACACCAUCCGGGAGGGGGACACCCUCGUGCUGCAGUGCCUUGUCACCGGGCACCCUCGGCCCCAGGUGCGCUGGACCAAGACUGCGGGCAGCGCAUCCGACAAGUUCCAGGAGACGUCAGUGUUCAACGAGACGCUGCGCAUCGAGCGCAUCGCACGCACACAGGGCGGCCGCUACUACUGCAAGGCUGAGAACGGCGUGGGAGUGCCCGCCAUCAAGUCUAUUCGUGUGGAUGUGCAGUACCUGGAUGAGCCUGUGCUGACGGUGCACCAGACGGUGAGCGACGUUCGAGGCAACUUCUACCAGGAGAAGACGGUGUUCCUGCGCUGUACUGUCAACUCCAACCCGCCUGCCCGCUUCAUCUGGAAGCGGGGCUCCGACACGCUGUCCCACAGCCAGGACAACGGGGUCGACAUCUAUGAACCCCUCUACACCCAGGGGGAGACCAAGGUCCUGAAGCUGAAGAACCUGCGGCCCCAGGACUACGCCAGCUACACCUGCCAGGUGUCUGUACGCAACGUGUGCGGCAUCCCGGACAAGGCCAUCACCUUCCGGCUCACCAACACCACGGCACCACCAGCCCUGAAGCUGUCUGUGAAUGAAACUCUGGUGGUAAACCCUGGGGAGAAUGUGACGGUACAGUGCCUGCUGACAGGCGGUGAUCCCUUACCCCAGCUGCAGUGGUCCCACGGGCCGGGCCCGCUGCCCCUGGGUGCCCUGGCUCAGAGCGGCACCCUCAGCAUCCCUUCAGUGCAGGCCCGGGACUCUGGCUACUACAACUGCACAGCCACCAACAACGUGGGCAAUCCUGCCAAGAAGACCGUCAACCUGCUGGUGCGAUCCAUGAAGAAUGCUACGUUCCAGAUCACCCCAGAUGUGAUCAAAGAGAGUGAGAACAUACAGCUGGGCCAAGACCUGAAGCUGUCAUGCCAUGUGGAUGCGGUGCCCCAGGAGAAGGUGACUUACCAGUGGUUCAAGAAUGGCAAGCCGGCACGCAUGUCCAAGAGGCUGCUGGUGACCCGAAACGACCCUGAGUUGCCUGCCGUCACCAGCAGCCUAGAGCUCAUUGACCUUCACUUCAGUGACUAUGGCACCUACCUCUGCGUGGCCUCCUUCCCAGGGGCACCAGUGCCUGACCUGAGCGUCGAGGUCAACAUCUCCUCUGAGACAGUGCCGCCCACCAUCAGCGUGCCCAAGGGCAGGGCCGUGGUGACAGUGCGGGAGGGCUCGCCCGCUGAGCUGCAGUGUGAGGUUCGAGGCAAGCCGCGGCCGCCGGUGCUCUGGUCCCGCGUGGACAAGGAGGCAGCGCUGCUGCCCUCGGGGCUGCCCCUGGAGGAGACUCCGGACGGGAAGCUGCGGCUGGAGCACGUGAGCCGCGACAUGAGUGGGACCUACCGCUGCCAGACGGCACGGUAUAAUGGCUUCAACGUGCGCCCCCGCGAGGCCCAGGUGCAGCUGAACGUGCAGUUCCCGCCGGAGGUGGAGCCCAGCUCCCAGGAUGUGCGCCAGGCGCUGGGCCGGCCCGUGCUGCUGCGCUGCUCGCUGCUCCGAGGCAGCCCCCAGCGUAUCGCCUCGGCUGUGUGGCGCUUCAAAGGGCAGCUGCUGCCUCCGCCGCCGGCUGUCCCCGUCGCCGCCGAGGCUCCCGACCACUCCGAACUGCGCCUCGACGCCGUCACCCGCGACAGCAGCGGCAGCUACGAGUGCAGCAUCUCCAAUGACGUGGGCUCGGCCACCUGCCUCUUUCAGGUCUCGGCCAAAGCCUACAGCCCGGAGUUUUACUUCGACACCCCCAACCCCACCCGCAGCCACAAGCUGUCCAAGAACUACUCCUAUGUGCUGCAGUGGACCCAGAGGGAGCCUGGCGCUGUCGACCCCCUGCUCAACUACAGACUCAGUGUCCGCCAGUUGAAUCAGCACAACGCCAUGGUGAAGGCCAUCCCAGUGCGGCGCGUGGAGAAGGGGCAGCUGCUGGAGUACAUUCUGACCGACCUCCGUGUGCCCCACAGCUACGAGGUCCGCCUCACACCCUACACCACCUUCGGGGCUGGUGACAUGGCCUCCCGCAUCAUUCACUACACAGAGCCCAUCAACUCUCCCAACCUGUCAGACAACACCUGCCACUUUGAAGAUGAGAAGAUCUGUGGCUACACCCAGGACCUGACAGACAACUUUGACUGGACACGGCAGAACGCCCUCACCCAGAAUCCCAAGCGCUCCCCCAACACCGGUCCCCCCACUGAUAUCAGCGGUACCCCUGAGGGCUACUACAUGUUCAUUGAGACAUCAAGGCCUCGGGAACUGGGGGACCGAGCCCGUUUGGUGAGUCCCUUGUACAAUGCCAGCGCUAAGUUCUACUGCGUCUCCUUUUUCUACCACAUGUACGGGAAGCACAUUGGCUCCCUCAACCUCCUGGUGCGGUCCCGGAACAAAGGGGCCCUGGACACGCACGCCUGGUCCCUCAGUGGCAAUAAGGGCAACGUGUGGCAGCAAGCCCAUGUGCCCAUCAACCCCAGUGGGCCCUUCCAGAUUAUUUUUGAGGGUGUUCGAGGCUCUGGCUACCUGGGGGAUAUUGCCAUAGAUGACGUCACGCUGAAGAAGGGAGAAUGUCCCCGGAAGCAGAUGGAUCCCAACAAAGUGGUGGUGAUGCCAGGCAGUGGAGCCCCCCGCCAGCCCCACCCACAGCUCUGGGGGCCCAUGGUCAUCUUCCUCUUGGCGUUGCAGAGAUGAUGAGAGCUGCGUGGCCCCCCCACCCGGCCCCCGGCACACCAAAGUGUCCGCAUCGUACCAAAGACUGACCCCCGCCAGCCGGGGUGCCCAGGGGCAGGGCCGGCCCGCCAGGGAGGGGGCCUGCAUUGGCUGCGAGGAUGAGCAGAGAACAAGGACAGAGGCCCGGCGCUGAGGCCCUGGAGACAGUCGUUUGACACACGCACACACUCACACACUCACACUCACACACACAGAGAUAUAUUAAAGCACAAGUUUCUAUCCGACCUGCCAGCACCUUCUUUUCUGCGGAGACAAGGGACUCGCCCGAAUGGCGUCCACCACCCCAGAGACCUCGGCGCCACAUAGGCCUUGUCCAACUGCACCUGUGGCGUGUUUCUGACCUUCCCACAUUCCUAACUCAAGGCUGAGCCCCGGCCCAGUGGCUUUACCAGACGGGAGCCAGCAGAGGAGCAGACUCAGGAGCCCCACCCUUGGCUGGACUCUGGGACUCCCUGGGAUGGGGGAGGCCUGGGUCAAAGGAGGCCAGGGGGUACUUUGUGAGCUCCGUGAAUGUCCCCGUGCAGGUGAUGGCGAGGGAGGUCAGGCACCUGUUGCACGCACCUCUGUUUACAGGGCGAGAGCUGGAAGGUGGAGAUCCCAGGUCACCCUGAUCCCUUGACCUGUUCCUUGGACGUCAUAUCUCACCUCGAUGUACCCCUUUGAAGGGACCCAGCACAGGGUCCUGGGCCUGGGCAGUCUGAAGACUGACACCUUCCCUUCUACCCCAUCCAACCCCCACCCCACCCUACGAGGAGCUGGAUUCCUGAGAGCACAGUCCCCACCCUAGUCAGCUGGCCUGAAUUCAGCACCCACCUGUGUCUCCGAGGAGCCAGGAGGGGUGGAGACCGGCUGUUUUCUGGGGUGAGGCUUGACUUUGAGAGGGGCAGAGGAGAAAGCCUGCUUUUGUGAGUUUGUGCCCCCAUGGCAUUUGGGAAUAGAGUGGAAACUUCAUUUCUUAUAUACUUGGCAUGAAGGAGUGCCCUGGAUAGGAGGGUAUGCAUAGAGGGGGUGCCCCUGCAAAGCACUGUCUAGUUGGCUGCUCCCUUCCCUGCCCAAGGUCAGUGAAGGGGGGGGGGUGUGUGUGGUGGUUUGUAGAGCAGCAGCAGAGGGUGGGGCAGUUGCUGGCCUCCAUGUUGCCUGGGAGCCGAGCUCAUGCCCUGAUCUAUGAAAGGGCUCCCUGUCCUUGGGUUCUCGGAUGGGAACCUAGAUGGGCAGGGUGGAAUCUAGACCUGUCCUUCUCAACAUCACCCGUGAGACCCCAACCAGCCGUCUAUGGGGGAGAUGAGGACCAGCUCUUUCCAGGGUGAGCCUUCACGCUUGCGUACGUGUGGCUGUGUGUGCGCGCACAUGUGUGCACGUGCGUGGGCCGAUCUGUGUCUGUGUAGCACUGUGGGGACGUCUCUGGGCAGCAGUGUGUGCGAAUAUGAGUCCGCAUGUGCAAUUACACAUAUCUGUCUGUGAGGCCGGGUCUAAACCCUGUCUCAGUGAGUGCCUGUGGAUGUUGGCAUGCACGUCCACCUUCAGGAGGGACACGAAUGUUUGUAGGGGGCUGGUGGAAUAUACCACUUCCAGCCCUAGUCUGUAGUCUCAAGCUGCCUGCCACCGCCUGAAUUUCUACCUUUCAUCCCCUCUGGAUGACAAAGAGUUUACAGAUGACCCUAUUGAAAUGCAAGCACCUUUGGUGGGGGUUGUCACAGGGACUCGCCCAGAGCAUUCUGCAGGGACAGUUGCCCAGAAGGGGCAGCACUGCAAUGCCAAGAGGCAGGCAGGGGACCAGGGGACAGGCCUGUGUGAUCAUCAUCACCCACAGCUGGCAGGGGGCUGGGCCAGGCCUGGAGCAGGGCCUUCUGACGCCUGACCAGCCCGGCUGCCUUCUUGGCCCAGCCAAGGCCUCGGUCCGAAACGAGUGGCUCCAGGUUCCCAGAUCACACUUCCAUCGCGCCGGCUGGGUAUUGUUCCUUAAUUGUCCCAUCUGUGCAGGGUCUGCUCCCCCGACUAGACUGUGAGCUCCUCCUCUGAGCCUUCCAACCUUCUCCCCCACCCCCGCUCCCAACCUCAACGCCCAGCACAAGUGGGCCUGUUAUGGAAACCACAGUAGGCUUUGCCCAGCGGGAAGGAUGAUAUUAAUCGGUGGUUCCCAGCCCUGGCUGCAGAAGAGAACCACCCGAGGGUCUUUUAGAGAGCCAUGAUGCUUGGGUCCUACCCCCAGAGGUUCUGAUUUGAUUGGACUGGUGUUCAGCCUGGCAUCAGAAAUGUUUAAAAGCUCCCCAGAAGAACCCGGGAGUGGGAACCAGUGGCCUAUCACCUGCCAAGUGCUUCCUUUGCGCCCUUGCUGGGGUGGGUAUGGAGAUCCAGGGAUGAAAAGCACCAGGUACUUCCUCCUUGGGACACUGAGGUCCUGGGUCCUCACGUGUGGAUGGGUGAGGCUGGUGUGUGUGUGUGUGUGUGUGUGUGUGCAUGCAGGCAGGUCUGUAGGGAGUGUGGGUGUCACUGUGUAUUAGCAUUAACAGUGUGCGAUGAGAGCACUUAGAGUGUGCCAGUCAGUGUGUGUGGGGGGAGGGCGGGGGGAAGAUGGGGUCUGCAAGGAAGGAGUGUCUUUGUGCAUCUGUGUGUGCCUGUGAUUCAGCACCUCUGUAUCAGUGUCACUUGUGCUGUGUGUGUCUUUGAGUGCCUGUGGUUGUCAGCACCGUUGUGCUGGUAGGUGGCCCAUCAAGACCCCCAGCCCAGGGGAGACCAGGCUGGCAGGAUCCAGUGCAUCUCCCCCUGGGGCAGUCUCGCCUUCUGGGUCAGGGUGGCUGAGGCAUUUUGUGGCCUUAAAACAGGGAGUCCAGGGUCAGCCCUCAUGGUGUUGGGGUUUGUUCAGCCCCGUUGCCCCUGAUUUGAUGUUUUGGGGAGACCCCUAGGGCCCGGUGCUGUACAGUUAGGAGAGGGGAAGUCUCAGCUUGGCUGUCCUGCCCCUGGGACCACAGACAGCCCUCCAGGGUGCCCAGCCAAGCCUGCGGACCACACGCCCAUCUCCUGGAAUGCCCCUCCCACCUUGCCUUCUCCGGGAUAUUCUGCCGCCUCUUUCCCUUUCAUUCUUUCUCCCUGUGCUCACUGGCUCAGGCUCUCAUGGCCAGGGUGGGCCUCAGAGGUCUGAGCCCCUCACCUUGUAAAUGGAUAGGAGCAGGGGUGGGGGGCUGGCCCAAGGUCACAUGGCUAGUUGGGGUGGAGCCAGCCUUGGAAGCUGUGCUCUACAGCCCCGAGGGUGUCACACUGCUGGCCACUGCCUCCUGCUGGCAGCCAGACUGCCCUGUCUCUGGGUGCUGGUACAGAUGUGACUGGGCACCUGCUCUAGGAAAGGUGCUCCCUCCCUGCCCCAAAUUCUGGCCUCUCAUCCCAGGCCACUGCCCCUCCCACCCCAGAUCAGGCCUGGGUGCCCUGUGAAAGCUGCAUCCCUCUGCCCACCCAGGCUUUAGCUACUGCCCAGGUUCCCAGACAGAAGGGACUGUUUCCCCUCCCUGCCCUCUGUCUUCACAUGAGCCUGGGCUCCGAAUGAAGGUCAGUGUGUCCUUGUGUCCUCAUCCUGUGGACUUACCCCUAAGGACCAGGAGGGCAGGGGUGAGAGUGUACAAAUUCUUGUAUUUUCUUCUCCCUGGAUUCAAGGGGGUUGGGGGGGGUUUCCAAGGUCUGUACCAAGGAAUGGGGUGAAUGAGCCUGCACUGGGGAGUCCCUGUGGGGCCCCUGGUUGAGGUUCUAGGCUCUGGGGAGCCCUCCUCAUUUCCACAGGCAAGAUAGCACGCCCCUUUCUGUUGAGUCAGUGCUAUGUGUGAGGCUGUGUGUCUGUGAGGGUGAGGGUGGGGGGUGUGCAUAU